AAAAAAACUUCUACGAUUUGAAAGUGAGGUUAUAAUCAUUCAAAUAAAAUGGAAAAUGUUGAAAUAAAACAAGAAUUAUUGGAUGACAAUGUUAUUUUAGAGGAAAAUAACAAUAUGAGUUCUGCAGAGAGCGUGAAUAUUAAACAUGAAGAAGAUAUUGGGGAUGAUUCGGAAAUUGAAAAAAAAAUUGUAGCCAAAAAAUACGUAAGGAGGAAAAUAAUGCAAUGUACUGUAUGUUUGUAUGAAACAACCCACUCAGGUCAUUUAAAUAGACAUAUAAAAUAUGUACAUAACUUAAACAACAACGAAACCCACAAAUUUAAAUGUGAAAAAUGUUCAUACAAAACCCAUUUCAGGGAAAACUAUACUAGACACAACCUAACACACUCAAAAAGCGUACGUAAAGUGGAAAAAGUUAAAUGUACAGAGUGCAAUUUUGAAACAGUUCAUAAAGUUUCUUUAAAGCGACAUUUAAAAUUGCAUAAGAAAUUGGAAGAAAUUGAACAUUUUACGUGUUUGCACUGUAAAUAUAAAUCAAGGUUUAAGAGGAAAAUUCGUAAUCAUGUUUUAAGGCAUUUAGAUAAUGCAGAGCUAUUUAAAUGUGGAAAAUGUAAAUUUGAGACAAAGUUCAAAGAUAAUUUAAGAAAACAUGCAAAAUUGCAUAAGAAUUGAUGUGUAUGUUCUUAUUUUGUGAUAAAUGGAGUAUUAUUUUAUUUUUUAUUUAGGUGUAGG